CAAUAGCAUACUUCAUCAUCUAAAAGUCGAUUUGUAAACAAACCAACGACACCUUUAGGCUUUAACAAUGACAAAUACCACGAUAAGCUUAAAGCUUUUGGUCAACAAACGCGAUCGCAAAAUCGUGUUUGCUGAAGUCAACAAAGACUUUGUUGACUUCCUUUUUUACAUACUCACGUUACCAAUCGGUGCGAUCACAAAACUCUUUGCAAAAGAGCCCUUGUCGGGAAGCCUGGGGGACCUUUAUCAGAGCAUCGAGAACCUAAACGACAUGUAUAUACUUCAAAACAAGACCAAAGACAAGGUUUUGAACCCAAAAUCAUCAACUAAUGUUCCUGGUCACGAUCUGCUUUCAAUUCCAAAAGAACUCCCCACCAACAGAAAAUUAUAUAAGUGUGUCCGCAAUUGUGCAUAUGUCACGGAUGACCCAAAGGCUGGGUGUCCUAACUGUCGAAAUGGUAUGUCGUAUGAGGUGGCCUAUGUCUCUACCGAGGCGACUAAGGCCGCGGUAGAGGAAGUUGGUUUUGUGAAAGGGGUGGUGACUUAUAUGGUUAUGGAUGAUCUAGUUGUGAAACCCAUGUCCACCAUUUCUACCAUAACUUUGCUCAACAAAUUGAGCAUCAAAGAUGUUUGUGUACUUGAAGAAAAGGAAGUUCAGUUUGGAAUGGAAGAGGGUUUGAAGCUACUCAAAGCCUCACUGGUAUGCAAGAAUGUAUUAACUCGUGUAUUCCUAGACUCCGAAGACCAUGUCGAUAUUAUUUAAGAAUAGAGAUUGUAAUCAAAAUACAAUUGUUUAUUACGGGUAAUCAUUAAUUUAAACUUUCGAAUUUGAUUUGUGUUCUUGAUCAAAUUGUUUGUUUCUUGAAAUUGUGAUAAUAUUACGUUACAUUA